AUCACAACACACUUCAAGCUUUUUCCCCAAAAAAACACAUACAUAGAUAGCAACAGCCCCUACCACACCUAUUCACAUGAAGCCCAUUCAGCGCAACAUGUCUUUCCUCCUCCGCACGGCAAGCUUCGCAGCACCAACAAUCGCGCGCUUCACCACACCCAUUUCCCAACGAGCUUUCAGCACAGCGCCCCAUAUGUCCUUUAACAUCGACUCCAAAUUCCUGUCCCAAACCACCGCCGCUGAGAAGGCUCUUACCAACAAGGAGGGUCCCAUCACCGACGGCCCUACCGCUCGCGCCCAGAAACAUGUCGGCCAGCAACUCACUGCUCAGAUCAUUGGCGAGAUCAACGACGCCGAGAAUACCAUCACUGGUUCUUCUCAACCCACCAAGGGCGGUCCAACAGCCGUGGCCCAGAGCAUCCUGGCCAACGAGGUCGGCGCUGGCAAGAACAACAACUACAACGAUAACAACACAUCAAACAACUCCGAGAAGCACACCGGCAAGCUCGACUCGUUGACCAUCCACAAGAUCACCGAGGCCGAAAAGAACAUCACAGGCCAGCAACCUGUCCAGGGCGGCCCCACAGCGAAAUCACAGCAGCACGCCAACGAGCCCAUCACGAGCGAGGCGCUGCAUGACAUCACUGAGGGUGAGAAGAAGAUCACUGGCGGCAAGCGUGUUAAGGGUGGUCCUACAUCGCAGGCUCAGAGCGAAUUGGGCAAGAGCCGGUCUUGAACGCAUAUGCACGUGCACUGACUUCUCGACCCGGUACUAAAACAUAGCG